ACCACUAUUUCCAACCCACUCCAUAAUAAUUGCCUCUCUCUCUCUCUCUCUCUCUCUCAAUCCAAAGUCGUUUGGUGGGUUCUUUUGCAAAUUCUGCACGUAGAUCAUUCUAGCUUGCUCUUAAAGCCAAAAAGGGUCAUGUUAUAACAGAUAUUCACACACACUUGCAUUGCAUCAUACAUGUUAGUUCUUCAUUGAAGCCAUUCCAAGACAAGAAGGGUGUGUUUGUUUGCGCUUGGUUCGUCCCUGGUCCCCUCUCCCUCUCUCCCUCUUUCUCUCUCUCCCGCUUGGUUGCCUAGUGCGUCGGAGCGAUGAAAGAUCGCACGGAACGAUUCAUGGUCCUUCCCUUCCACAUCAGGUGCGCUUCUCUCUCCAGCGUCGCCGUGAGCACAGCAUGUCAGUCAGAGAAGCAGAGGCCGGAAUCACUCGACGUCGCCGCCGUAGCAAGAAGACAAAAUGGAGAGGCUGGACCCUCCAAGGAGAGAGCCAAGGGCACCCGUGGCUACCCCACUUUGUCAAAACCUAACGCCAACUUUGGAUUUUGGCACAAGCUGAGGAGGAGCAUCAAGAGUUUCACUCAAUUAUUUGUAUACAGAGAAGAUGAUGAGAUGGAGGAAAUAGAAAAGGAGCUGGAGAUCGGGUACCCGACCGACGUGAAGCAUGUGACCCACAUCGGGCUGGACGGAUCCACGCACACCGACCCGGUCAAAGAGUGGCAGAACCUCAACACACCGGAGAUCCUCGCCUUCCCUUCGCUUUCUCUGAGGCAAUUUGAAUUCGCCAUGACCGCACAAACAAACCGUCACCUUAGUGUCGAUCCCGCCAAGUUCUGAUCGAUACGAUGUUGCUGGAAAGUUUCGAGUUCCGGGCAUGCGAUUCCCACGCGAUUGAUGUUCUUGAUCAGAUGUGGUUUGUAUGUAAGGUCUAGGUGGAAAACAUUCAUGUUUGCAAGAAUACUACUUGUGUUCAGCUCUAUUCCAAGUGUUUUCUUUUAAGGUAGCAAGUUAUGACCACUGUUUCCACCCCCUUCUGUUUUAUGAAAUCGUGGGAUAUUCUUCAUCUUUCAAA